UUACACAACAUAAAAAGAUUCAAGAGUUUUUAUAUGGAUGAUCUUUCCUAUAGAUCAUCUGUUAAAUAAAUACAUAUUUCUAACAGGAAUCUAUUACAACAGAUCCAAUAAAUUUUAGUUCAUUCAGUGUUAUAUCACUUUUUCGGAUAAAAAAAUUGUUAAUCAUAAGAAAGAUGAUAGACUUCAAAAUAUCUGCACCGGGCAAGGUCAUUUUAUUCGGAGAACAUGCGGUGGUGUAUGGAAAAACUGCUGUAGCGACUAGCGUAAACUUACGUACCAUUGCUACAUUCUCUGACCGGCAAAGAAAAGACCGUUUAAGAAACAGCAUUAAGAUAGAGUUUCCUGAUAUCAAAUUAGUAUUUAAUAUUCCUUUUCACGUAUUUCAAGACUACUUCUUCAACGAUAAUUUUAAUUAUCCAUUGGUCAAAGAAAAUGAUGAAUUGCAUAGACGUGUGAGUGAAUUUGUCGAUUCGAUAAAGGAUUUAGACGAGAGCAAUGAAAUUGUUACCGAGGAACAAAAAUUAAGUUUACGAGCGUUCUUUUUUUUGUUCGCUUAUAUCCUUCAUGAAGAACGUGUCAAUCUACAAGACACUUCCUUCCACGUGCAUUUAUCCACGGAAUUAAAAGUUGGCGCUGGUCUGGGUAGUUCGGCAUCAUUCGCAGUAUGUCUUUCAGCAGGUAUUCUACGUUGGUCGAUUCUACAGAAGGACGAGCCACACACUAAGUUUAACAAGCGCGAGCUCGAUAAGAUUUCGAAAUACGCUCUAAACUGUGAGAAAAUUAUGCACGAGUCUCCAUCCGGAAUCGACAAUAGCGUGUGUACAUACGGUUCGGUAAUAAAAUUUCAACAGGGAAAGGUGGUGGACGUGUUACCAUAUAUGCCGAAACUGAAAAUUGUACUGGUUGAUUCGAAUGUUACUCGGAAUACAAAAGAUCAAAUCGAACGAGCAGCGAAUUUGAAGAAUUCAUACCCUGAUAUCAUCGUUCCUAUUUUGGAUAUUAUCAGUGGUUUGGCGGAAAAUGCUUGGGACACAUUUACAGAAAUGAACGAUCUCGCCGAUGAAGCUACAGAAUCUGUGCAAUAUCGUUGGUUUGAAAAGUUAUCGGCUAUUAUCCAUAUGAAUCAAGGAUUAUUAUUUACAUUAGAUGUGUCACAUUUAAGCUUAGAGAUGAUUUGUGGAAUAGCAUCGGAACAUUCAUGUGAAGCGAAACUUACGGGUGCUGGUGGAGGUGGACAUGCAUUCAUUUUGCUGCCGCCAGACAUUGAAAGCGAAUCCAUCAAUCUUUUGUUAAAUCAAUUAAAGGAAAAGGGUUUCGGUGCCACGAUGACCAGUCUAGGUGGUAGCGGAGUGGAAGUAGAAAACAAUUCGAAAUGAUUUAUAUAUAUUAGUAAUUAAAUAUGAAUUAAAAUAAUUAUUAUACAAUGACAUUCUUUGUGGAAGAACGGAGAAAAAUAUAAAUUUAUAUAUAAUAUUCUGUA